GCCUGGAGAGAGAGAUGCAACAACACAUUUCUUCACUGUUAACAAUCCUGAUUUUUAUGCUUCAGUUUGAAGCAUGCAUCAGUGAAACCUACAUGGAUCUUUAUUACACACCGGGAAAUGAUGUCAUUCUCCCCUGUGAUAACACAUCCUCAUUGAACUCAUCAUGCUCCAUCAUUACGUGGUUUUAUGACAGAGAUAACUCUGAGACAACAGAAAUGGUUUGGAAUGGAGCUAUUAUGGAGAACUCAGCUCAAGCAGCCAGACUGAGUCUGUACAGUAACUGUUCCCUGGGCAUCAGGAACAUUGUUGCUGAAGAUGCUGGCCUUUACUGCUGUCGGUCUGGGAACACUACAGCCCAGGAUACAAAUGUGGGUCUGCAUAUUUUGAACAUUUCAGCAUCUCAGACACUAAACGGGGAUGGAUACAUCACAUUAGCAUGCACUCUCUUCAAAUACUCUGACUCCCAAUUGUGUGGCGAGAACAGCAUCCUCUGGUUGAACGAAAGAGGAACUGUGCUGCUUGGCAGUGGUGCCAGGGACACUGGACCGAUGUGCGUUUCUCUUUUGACUGUGAAACCUCAGAGGGCCCACAACAAAACCUACACCUGCCAGUAUAUCAAGAAAAACAGUGUGAAGAUAGAAGCUCACUACACACUUAGAGCAGUGAUCAGUGGACAGAUGUACCACCUCUAUCACAGACCUGGAGAGUGUGUCACUCUACCGUGUGACAGUCUAUCUGAUACAUGCGCCAUGAUUAACUGGCUUUACAGCAAAGACUCAUCUCAGACUGAAAUACUGGUUCAAAAUAGUAAUGUGAAGCAAUCAGCUCAAGCUGCCAGGCUGAGUCUGCAGAGUAACUGCUCUCUGGGCAUCAACAACAUCACUGCAGAGGAUGCUGGCAAAUACUUCUGUCGGCCUGAAGGGACCACUGGUCAGGGCACAAGUGUCUAUCUGCAUAUUUUGACCAUUUCAGGAUCUCCAUCAGACACUGACCCACAGAAGGAUGGAAACAUCACUUUGGAGUGCUCUCUGUUUAGAUACUAUUCUUCCAUACCCUGUAAAAAGAAAAGUAUCUGCUGGGUGGAUGAGACAGGAUUUGCACUGCCUGACAGAGGUGUCCUGCAAAAUGGGCAGACAAAAUGUGUUUCUCUUCUGACUGUGAAGCAUCAGAGUGACCAUAACAAAAGAUACACCUGCCAGUUUCUUAACAAAAAGACUGUGAUGAUAGAAGGUCACUACACACCUGUCUUUAUAGCCUCUACGAAUCCUCUGUCUGAUUCCACACCUAACAAGGGCUUCAUCAUCAUCGGUGCUGGGAUGGUGAUUCUGGUUCUGGUCGUCAUCUUUACUGUUUUCAUUAAGUACAGUAGGAGAGCCAAAGUGACAGAAGAUAUUCAAAAACCAUCCCACCACAAUGUGACUAUACUGAAAAAUACGCUAGAAAAUGAGAAAAUGAAAAAUGAAGAAACCCAUACAGGCACAUGGAGAACAAAGUCCAAACAAAAAGGUUCCAUCUGGCCUGCAGAUUUAAACUCAGGAUCUUCUUGCUGUGAGGAGGAGCCAGAGGGGAAUAUCAUCUACGCCACAAUUGACCACUCUAAUCAAAAAACUCUGAAGAAAAAGGUCAAAAACGAGGAGGCGGUGACUUAUUCUGCUGUGAAGACGAAGGCAGAAACUGACCCCAGCAGCAUCUACAGUAACAUCUGCUAAGCUUACCAAAAUGAAAUCAGAGGGAAUAAAACUUCUCAUAAUGUCAGUGCUAUCUACCCAUGCUGGUUCGGGUUUUAACACCACCACAGGCACCAACCGCUUUGCAGCCACAGCUGAGUGCAGCAGCUUCAGCGAUGGAGGUACUGAACAUGGUCCAUUUGGACUCAGUGCCCCCAGUCUCCCUUUGAAUGCUGUUGAAGCUCUGCUGCAGGUGGGAGGUGAAGAUCUUGCGGACUGGGGCCUCUGCCAGACGUUUCCAGCGCACCCUCACUAUAUGUUUAGGUGCCACAGGUUUGUCCAGCAUCCUCCCCACCACCUGAUCCAACCCACCACCAGGUGGUGAUCAGUAGACACCUCAGCCCCUCUCUUUACCCGAGUGCCCAGUACAUAUGUCUCCAGAUCGGAUGAUACGAUUGCAAAAUCGAUCACCGAUUUUUAUUUAUUUUAGUCCGUGUCUCAUGUAAAUGCGUCUGGUUUUGCUUCCUUUGUCUCGUUAGGCCUGAUUUGCCCCAGCUGUGUUUCCCUCCUGUUACCCAUUCCCUGAUUGCUCCCUCUGUGUAUUUAAGCCCUGUGUUUCUCUGUGUCCGUGUCAUGAUCUACCCUCUUCUUGCUGUGUGUUCUGUCUGAGUAAGUUUAUUUGCAAGUUUUUUUACCUUUUGAGUUUAGCAAUAAAUCUGAGUUUGAAUUACUUUCCGCCUCCGAGUGUCUGCACAUUGGGUCCUCCUACUACCACUCCUGUGUGCACACAGCCUUCACAUAACAGAAGAUCGCGACCAGAACAUGGACCCAGCAGCACUUGCCCCGUCUGAUGAGCUCAGGGAGGAUAUAAUUUAUUCACUGGAUAAAUUAUGUGACUUGUGGCUGAAUCAUCCAGGGGAGGAAUUUCAGCGUGCUGUAGCAAACCGGCUACAGCGACUGGUUUCUGGUCUCCCCUGGCUUUUGGACUCACUUCACCCACUCAUACAGGAGUUUUUCCUUAAUGAGCUUCAUCUGCAUCCCCCUGUUGCUACCGCUCACCUACCCAACUUGGAGAAAGAUGUGCUGCCCAGCCCGCCGGACUUGGAGUUGCCCGGCCCAUUGGAGCCAUCACCGAGGAGGAAGCGGCGGCCGCGCCACUGGCGUGUCACCCCACAGCCAGACCCCGGGAUGUCAAAACAGCCAGCUGUGGUGAGCGAAAAGGACACUUUUUCUCUUUCUUCGGGCCAUGGGACUAUUUAUUCUGGGGCUAUAUUUUUUGCAUCAGCUGCUCAGCCACAAGCUCACUUAGCUGCUCAGCCACGAGCUCACUUAGCUGCCCAGCCAUCUGCCU